AUCCUGCCCCCCGCCGUUCGCUUUCAUUAGCCAUCUCUCCUGCCGUCCUCUGGCGAGUCCUAGGGAAACCAACCUUUCACCCUUCGCCUGGUCGCCGUCCUCAGCCUCCUGCCCAAAGCCCGCGCCCAUGUUCAGCUGGGCUCAUUUUUAACUCCCAGUGAGCGACAAGGUGUUACUUAACUUGGAGAAAUGAAUCCCGCUUUCCCUCCUCACGCUGUUUUAUCCUUUAUUGUCCCUUAAAAUCCUUAGAAACAGCGGUUGCUUCCAAGCACUGAUUUACUCUAACUGGGUCUCCUGCUGCUUUGGGUAUCCGUUAACACUGGGGGUUUGUGUUCUCAGUUUUGUGAUAAAGAGAUGAAGCCGUAAUCCACAUUUAAGGAAAGUUCUCCUAUUGGUUGCAGACUGUCUUGGAGUAUCUCCAGCUCCAUCAGGCGCUUAUUGAUUCGGAUUUUUUUUUUUAACCGCCUUAGAAUAGAUGAAGAGAUAACUGGGCCUAAGCUUUGUAUAUUUAGAAAUCUGAGAAAGUUGUACAGUUUCUUCACUCAUUUUCUUAUUGAGAUUUUUGUCUCUACUUCAAAUAUAAACAGAAACCAGGAGAUGUACCUUACCUUUUUUUUUCUUUUUUUUGACUUUCCCAGACCCACUUUAAAAGACUAUACAGCUAGAAGCAGUGAGACACAUGCCUGUGAUCCCAGCACUCAGCUAAUGCAACAGGAUCCUAAGUUCGAGGCUAGCCAGGGAUGGGUAGGAGGAUGUAUCAAACAAAAUCAGAGGAACAAGGAUAUAGCCUAAGUUUAUUUAGUCUCUUACAUGUGUAAUUAAUUGAUUUUGCUUACAGUUUCUUAAAUCUUGGUAGUCUCUGACUUCUUCCAAGCCCAAGCCCAUGCACUUUUCCGAUGUUUCCUUCUGUUCUUGCACUUCAGCAUUGUAAAUCUAUCCACUUGAAGGUACCAUAAAGACAUCAAAACGACCUGUUUGGUUGAAUCUGAAUUCAUGACUUGACAUAUUUGAAUAUUUUUCUUGAAGAACCGCUUUUGCUUUAGAAAUCAGUUGCAGUUCUUCUAGUAUCUGACCAUGAAGAAGAAUAAACACACCUUUAGUCCCAACAUUUGGGAGGCAGAAGCAGGCAGAUCUCUUGAGUUCUAGGCCAGUUUGGUCUGUCUAGCAAAUUCUAGGUUAGUCAGGACUAUAGUGUUUGCAUCCUUGUCUCCAAAUAAGCAACAGAGCAACAAAACAAAAGAGGAGACAUAGACAGAAUAAAUGAGCAUUUUUUUUCUCUUUGAUAUUUGGGUUUGAAGUUGGGACCUACUGUGUGCCAGGGUUUGGAACACUGAUUCCUAUCCUACGACCCGAGUGAAUAACAACAAAGAGAUCGAUAUUUUUUUUAACUUCUAUUUAAUAAUGAAAGUCUAAUGGAAUUAUUUUGGUAUAAUGGAAAAUAGAAACUUGGAGUGUUUAUAUGCUGGGGGUUGCUUUUAUUACUCACUUCCUUUUACCGUCUUUUUAAAUGAUCAUAAUAAAAAUAUCCUGUUUUAUAUUUGGGGCCUCUCUGGAGACAUGUUAAUGGGUUGCAACUGCCAAAUUGGACCCCAAGUGGUUAAUAUAAAAUUAUCCUUAACAUUUUUUUCUAGUCCAAAAUUGAAUUACCUCGUCUGUCUAGCAAGAGUCCCAUGGUGCCUGCAUCUAACGACUGCACAUGUCUCAGUCUUGCUGUCCGUAUAUGCUUGGUGACUCGCUUUCACGUGUAGAAGAGCUGCAGUGCUUUUGCAUUCCGAUUAGACGUUUUAAAGAAACAAUGUGUUGAUUGGAUUGUUUUAAAAAUAUUUUUAAUAUUACAAUGUAAAAUUAUAAAUAACUGAUCUUCCAGUUAUUGCUCAUUUAAAGUUAGUAUACUUCUGUUUCAUUGUUAAAUAAUAAUUAUUUAGGUGUAGAGUAAGGGCCCUAACCUCUGGAGGGCAGAUAGAACAUAGUGCUUAAUGGAAACCCCUUAAGCACUUGCGAAUGAAGAAGUGAGAAGUUCAGAUUUCAUGUACGGCUUCCAGAUUCCGUUCAAGUAGAUAGCACUAAGUGAGAGUCGUGUCCUAGGACUCUGGCUGGAAAGCACAGUGGGUGGGCCAGGGUCUGUGGCAUGUGGCAGUCAUAUGGUAUUGCUUGUAUUAGGAAGAAAAGUAAUAAAUGAGUGAAUAAUUAACAUUUCUUGAAGGAAGAUUCCAGGUUUAGCCUUUAACUAUUGAGAGCCUAGAGUUUGACCUGCACCUGCACGGCACCAGCUAUUGCAGAAAAGCUUAGUGUGUUUUAAGUACUAGUAAGCCUCAUAGACCUGCAGCAGUUCCUCUCCAGUUAACAAUGGUAGGAUGAGGGUUUCAAAGGCAGCCAUGCUACAUUCCUGCCUUGGCAAUAUUAGGAUCUCUGUAACUCACCAGAGAUUUGCCUGUUACUGUUAAGGUGGGAUCCUCCUUCUAGGGCAUUCAGUUUUAAGAAGGCAGACAGACCACUUUCCGGUAGAUGUGGAGUUACAUUGUUUAAAGAGUCAAUCCCUCCUUCUGGUUCCUAGAAUAGUGUGCAGGGAGGAUUUACUUAUGGUUUUGACUAUACUUCAAAUGCUUUCUUUUCAACAAUGUUAUUUUAUGUAACCAUCCUCCUUCUCUCAGGCAUGUGUGCUCCCUGAUAUCAAUCGGAUUUAUUUUAUUGAAUUUCUCAUUAAAAACUUGUUUUGUGUCUGUGGUUUAAGAAUGUACUUCUAGGCACGGUGAUGGAAAAGAAUACAUUUUUUUCCCACAAGUUGAAUUGAUAGGUAACCCAUUAGCAAAGAGUAAGAAGGCUGCAGGGCAGUAAUGGUGCUCACCUGUAAUCCCAGCACUCAGGAGGCAGAGGCAGGUGCAUUUCUGAGUUUGAGGCCAACCUGGUCUAUAGAGUGAGUUCCAGAACAGCCAAAGCUUCCCCAAGAAACUCUGUCUUUAAAAAAACAAACAAACAAGUAAGAAGGUUGAUCUCAUCAUGCAUUGAUUAAAGAUUAACUUUUAAAAUCUUUUGACAGUUGGGAUGGUAAGAUUGCUGCCAAGCCUGGAGACCUAGAUUUGAUUGAUGGGACCAACAAGGUAGAAGGAGAGACUCAGCUCUCACAGGUUGCCUUGUGGCCUCCUGCGAGCACAGUAGCGUGCACAGACAAAUUGGUGGUUCAGGUGACUGAGACUUACGUACACAACUCUGCACAGUGCUGUUUGUGUGAGUCGUGGUAAAUGCCAGGAGUUCUUUAAGUUGACUUAAGUCUUCUCUGUCAGUAGCUACUCCUUAAUGACACCAUCACUCACUUUCUCCACUUUGCAGAUGAUAUCAGCUCUGCAUUAUGAAUAGAGGGUAGCAAGCCAGCCUUGUACCGAAAAAGUCAGCGACUGGGUGGGUCGCCAGCCUGCUCCUCACAAGAGACCCAGGAUGGCUAAGAAUGGAGCCCAACACUGCACUGUAGAUUUGCUUCAAAUAUGGGGGGUUUGUUCAUUUGUUUUGUUAAUUCCAUUGUGUAGUUUUCAAGCUAUGCAAAUAAUGUUGUGUGUUACUGUGUCAGAAGUUUGGAUACAUCUGGUGGAGGACGUUAAGAUAUAUAGGUUGAAGACUGAAGGUUUGAAUUGUAUGGAAAAGGCAUAUGAGGCCUCUGACAUCAGCUAGCCCUAACCCUGUCAUUUCUGGGACUCACUCUAAGUAAGAAUCUUAACUUUAUUUCUGUUUCUACCCACCAAACACUGUCUACUUUGUAGCCUCGCUUUUACUGGGUCAAAAUAAUAAAUGAGGACUGUUAGGACCGCUCAGUGUGCAAAGGCAUUUGCUUCCAAGCCUGAUGUCUGAAAUCAAGAACCCACAAAGCUGAGGGAGAAAACUCUCUCACACUUUGUCCUCUGACCUCCACUAAUCACACAUCACACACACACACACACACACACACACACACACACACACACACAGAGAGAGAGAGAGAGAGAGAGAGAGAGAGAGAGAGAGAGAGAGAGACUGUUAAACCCCAAGGCAUUGAAAUACAUGUAACAGUAUCGUUGGUUUGAUACUGGACAGGAGGUUUUAUUUAUUUUGCUUUUUACUUAGUCCUUGACUUUUAGUUGGGAGGAACCAAAGUCACCAGAUGUAAAACUAAGCUUUUAUUGUUACACACUUGUAAGCUUAUAUUUUUAGGUUUUUCAAAAAUCCUUUACAUCUAUUCCUUUCUGUCUUUUAGGAUGAAGCUAAAAUUAGUUUCAUUCUUAGUCAUCUGUACUCAUUUCCCAUUCAAAGUUAUGUGGGCUUCAUUCUAUCCUCUUCUGAGAUUCAGCCUGUUUCAGAUCUUGGCGUUUACUUCAUAAUUUAUUUUAGUUGUUUUAUACACUUACAUUAAAUGGUUUGCUUAUAUAAUUGAAGCCAUCUCAUUGGAGCUUGCCCUUUUUAAAUAUUUGUGUCAUUUUCUUUGGCCUGGUUGAGUUGAUCUUAGGCAUUACUUUCUGGGAUUUUAGUUACAAUUUUAAGAUGACUAGUACAGCUAUAAACAACUUGAAAUAUACAAUGGUCUUUAUAGAUGAACUAUUCCUGGUUUUGCUAAGACAAAGUAAGUACCUGGAGUAGCACAGAAGUCAUGAGUUUAAAGUCAGUCCGAGUCCACACGGAGGACUCACUCAGUAAACUGGGAUGUUUCCUAAAUUCAAUUAUUUUUUUACUACUUCAACCUAUCUUUUAAAAUUAAAAUUGCAGAAUGAUAGUUUGGCCUGUUUUACCAUAUUUGUAAGACGUAGGAAAGGUGUAAAAUAAUAAUGAAAACAUCUAUAAUUUUCACCUGAAGAUAACUUAAAAUGUUAGGCUCUUGUUUUUACUUUAACAUUCCUUUAAUCAUUAUAAGAACAACCUUUUAAAAAUGUAUGAACAUUAUAGUUUCUGCCCUUCAUAUUCCUUUAAGGGAUUCUUUUUACUGCCUGGAUGACAUUGAACAUAUUCAGAUAUUACAAUUUUUUUAAAAAAAAAACUCAAAUAAGAAAUACAAAAGAAACAUUAAAACUGAUAUCACAGACAAAAGAAGAUUACUUGGGUUUCUUAAGAAAACCUGCAUGCUACCAACCAGGAAAGCCUACAGGAAAUGGAUACAUUUCUGGACACAUAGAUUUCGAUAUUUUUCCCCAUAAUAAAAAAUAGAGGAACAAAUGUCUUUGUAUAGAGCUCUGUGCCCAUCGUAUCUUCAUUAUGAAUUUCAUUUUUAUUUUUGUCAUUUUUAAACCAUGUGCAUUUGUGUGAGUAUAUGCACACAAGCGUACAGGGGUCUUCAGAGACCAGAAGAUGUGUCAGAUACCCUAGGGCUAGAGUUAGAAGCACUUGCAAGUCACCUGAACCAAAUGCUGGAAACUUUAACUACUGAAGCAUCUCUCCAGCCCAUAUUUUAAACACUGUCUGACAUGUGAUCACAGCAGCUGACCUCUAGAGAAGGUGCACUAGUUAGCCUUCCUGUGAGCAGCAUGAUUGUCUGUUUCUAUGCACCUGUCAGUGUUUGUGCACACAGUCUGGUUGAUUUGCUAGACGUGAGUGGACAUCCACUCGGAAGCGGAUUUCAGUCAGGAAACCAGGCUGAGCUUCUGUUGUGUGCUGUGUGGCGCGUAUGUGAUUUGGCUGUAUUUCAUCUUCAGUUCCUUAAGACUCAGUUUCCAGUCUAUAAAAUGGUGAUUGGAACAGCUGUUAGGAUAUCAUAGUGUAGUAUGACUGUUGGGAAGGACCGGUGGCAUACACCAAGUCAUUGAAGUCCUUACCUGUCAUAGUUAUUAGGAACGGCUUCUCAUUAUACAUAAUAUGGUAAUCUGGGCACUCCACAAUUUGAAAUCAGAAAUGCUCCAAAAUGCAACACUUUUUUGAGUGUUAGCAUAAUGCCCCAAGUAAGAAAUUGCAUGCCACGAAAACACACUCGAUGAGGCGAUUAAAUGUUAUAUGACUGUCUGUUCAGUAUGUAAUAGCUCCUUACUCAACUUGUUACAUCUGUUAUCUCUUUCAAGUGAGAUGCUCAGUGACUGUACAGAUGCGGGUUCCAUAAGGACAUAUUCAUUUAUUAAAUUGUUGCUUUCCUACAGCCAGAGCCACUGUUUACCAAACCCAAUGGUUUAAAACGUUUCCUGAGAGAAAGAAAUGGGGUCAGCAGGGGCUGGAGAGAUGACUCAGUGGUUAAGAGCACUGACUGUUCUUCCAAAGGCCCUGAGUUCAAUUCCCAGCAACCACACGGUGGCUCACAACCAUCUGUAAUGGGAUCUGAUGCCCUCUUCUGGUGUAUCUGAAGACAGCAACAGUGUACUCACAUUUUAAAAAAAGAAAUACCCUUUAAUUUUUUGCAUAAUGGGUUCAGAUUUCUUCCAAAAGACAGAUAAACUAAUUCUCUACGCAUGCACACACACGUGCACGCGCGCACACACACACACGCACACACACACACAUACACCAACUUUGAAGAGUCAUAGCAGCUAUAUUCACCUUUGUCACUAUCUAAGUCACUUAGCAUAUCUCUCGUGACAUCACAUUGAUGAAUUGAGGAAUCUAUUGGAUACUGGCUUAAAUCCCCAUUGACUUUGAAUUGCUAAUCUUGCCCUUUGUUAUUUUCUCACUUUUCAUGAAAGUAUUACUUUAAAACAAUUACUUGUACAGGAUUGCAAUAAAGUUUAAUUAACUAGGUAACAUAAUUUAUAUGUCCUGAAUUUCAGUUAAAUAACUAUCAGUAAGAUAGACUUUUAAGUCAUUGAUUUCUUGCAAGUCAAAAUGAUUCUUUAGGGAUAUUUUUAAAUACAUGAUUUUAUCCAGUAGUAAUAUCUGGGGGACUACUAUGACUUUAACUUUUCAAUAGUUAUUUGUAGGCCCAUGAAACAAGCUAACUGAAGAGCGUGGCAAGCAGCAGUGUAUUGCUUAGGAGACAUCGUGGGUAGAAAUGACAAGUGAGACCAUACUGUAGGAAGGGAGGGCUGUUCUUAGUCAAUCUCCAGCCAUGUAUUCUAUGGGAAACUUUUAACACCUCCCAUCUGGGUCAUUAAACUGAAAGAAAUGGUGCUGUUUAAAGGAAACACUAGUUUCCUUUUAGGCACUUGUUUUAUUGUCUUGUAAUUGUGAUUUCAUUUCUUCUCUCCACCUGACAGGGUCUCACUAUGGCCUUUGGCUGUCCUGAGGCUCACUGUGUACGCCAGGCUGGCCUCAAACUCACAAAGAUGCACCUGCCUCUGCCUCCCUAGACCUGGCAUUAAAGGAUUGCACCACCGUGCCAGGUCCACUUACUGCCUCCAUUUUCCUGCCCACAAGUAAAUCAAUGGAUUUCUUCUAAAUUGCUGGUUGCCAACAGUUUUCAUGUACAUUUUUUCACUAGUUACUAACAUUUUCUAAUUAACAUCACUACUGGAGUCUUUGCUGGCAUCAUAAUCUUGUUUUUUCUUGCAAAACAAUAUACUGUGUCUUUGACCUUUUUGAACUAAUCAAUGUUACCUCUUUUUCCCUCGAGAGACAUCACCCUAGAUUGUUUCUGUUUUUAGGAUGAUAUCACAAACAAAGGAAUAAAGUAGGGUGUGUGAACUCUGAAGGCAUUCAGUUUUGCAGCUCUGUAAAUGGAAGAACAGCUUGUAAGUUACAAUAAGUAGGCUUUUCUGAAGGACGUUCUUUUUCUGUAUUAAUAAGACAACUUUAAAAAUCUCUCCAUGUGAUAUAAGGAAAUAGUAUAAGCUGUUCAAUUCCUUGGCUCCAUUGCCUGCAUGUUAUUAUUUCUUCUAUGUUAUAAUUAUUCUACUGAGACUAUAAAAUAAAUACUAUAAGUCAAGCUUUCUACUUUUUGUACUGUAGUUUCCCUUAAAAACAUUUUUAGGAUAUGCUUCUGCCCUUCCUGUGUGGCAGGUACUGUUACAAGUUACUCCAUGUCUUGAUCCCACUGGUCCUUGUAGCAACCCUGGUCUAGAAAUCAUGCUGAGGCGCUGAGAGGAUAAGCAGCCUCUCUAGGUACCAGGUGAACGGCAGGCAGCGUGGCACGAUGCUCUUUCCUGUACUCUAGACUGUAAGUGUGUAACUUAGUCCAGCCGUGCUCACCCUCUUUCCAUCAAAUGAGACGUUAGCUGCUGCAGCUAACUGUACCCUGGGACUUACAGUAAGCAUUCAAAGGCAAAGCCAGUGAAUCAUCUCUAGAAAUAGAGGCACCUAAAUAGCAGCAAGUGACUCCAUCUGCUUCUGUGGCAUUGAAUGAAAUAACCGCAUCUCUUAAGUCAGCAAACCCUGAGGCCCGUGUAUGUAGCAAAUGGAUAAGUUACUUAGGAAACGACAGGUUCUUCUCUCAUGCUUAUGCAUUGGAUAUCCUAGUAGCUUAUUCAUCUUUGAGUUCCCAAGAACAUACAGGGUCAUGUCUGAUGCUCAGGUGGCUCACUGUGUAGUCUAGGCUACAGGAGCACAGCACCCUCCUACCUCUGCUCUAGAUCCGACCUGAUUAAUAGAUCAUUUUAACACAACUGGCAUUCCUUGUUUUCUUCCAAAUAUAUUUCUAUAACUGAGUUUUGCAAGGCAGUACAUGUGAUAUGAAAAUAUAAUUAAUACUUACUGACUGGUUAUUAUGUAUCCAAUACUAUUCUAAGGGUUUGAUCAUUAAUUUUCAAAAUAAUCAUAUUAUAUGCCUUUGUUUUCCACAACUGGGGAUAGCCAGGCAUGGAGAGAUUAAUUUGCCCAGGACCUUAGGUAGGUCGAUCCAUGGGUAAAUAGACAAGCACACACGCAUAAUCUCUUAGUGAAUUAUUAGUAAAUAUAAUCUUCCAUCAAAUGUGUGCACAUUUGUGAUCAUAUUUUCAGAUCAUAUGUAGCAUUUAAAAACUCAGUCAUUCCUCUUACAGUAUAUCAGGGUCAGCACACACUCAUGUACACACAUACACACAUAUUGUUUUUUAAUAUUACAGUAUGACUAGUUAAAAGUUACAGUGCAGGUGUAAAGGUUGGUUAGGAAAAGCACUCUGAUUCUUUUAUAUUGCAAUAUAUACAUACACAUUCACACACACAUACCCGUGUAUAUAUAUCUGGAAGACUCCAGAGUCUCAGAUGAAUACUGAAGGACAAGCUGAGUUGUAGUUCACUAAAGUUUCAUAUCUAACAAGUAUUUUCUAAGACAUUAACAAUAGCUGGUCAGAAAAUAUGAGUGAAAGAAAUAGUCCCUUAUACUUCAGUAUUCACAGCAGGAAAAACAAAACAGCAAAGUAUUUUCAGUUUCUUGAGAAAUGUAUGACCCAUAAAGGGCUCUGUUGAAAGAGUGAGGAGACUUCAGUGGGCUCAGUGUCGUGGAUUACACUGCUCAACACCACGAGACUCAGUGUCUUCAGUGGGGGCUCUUACAGAAGGGCUGCAGGGUCCUCAGCAAGUUCUCAACAGCAUUUUUGCUGAAAAUUUUGUCAAGACAACCAACACAUAUCUGGAAGAUUGUACAUAGAACCAUGGCCAGGAUGUGAAUGUGGAAACCGGAAAGUACAGCAGCAGAGGACUUGUACAUAGAGUGCACCCAGCCUGAUAUAACCUACACUUGUCAUUUAUGGCUGGGUACAGAAAUAAAGAUAGUGAGCAUGGAGUACAGAAGGAAGCCCAUGUUUAUAAGAUAAUAUAUGGGACUGGGGCCAUAGCUAUCAAAACUCACACUAAAACCCUCCUACAGAAUUUCCACCUCAGAGUAAAGGCCAAAUUCUUUCUAUGACCUACAACCUGGAGACUCAGGACCUUCAUGAGUAUGUUGAAAUGUUGACUUCGUAAAUCAGAAUCUUGAAGAUUUUUGUCCGAUUCAAAUGCAGUGUCAAGUUUUGAGAAGCAUUGCCCUUUAACACUCUGGUUUCUCUGACCUUAGUUCAGUUCCUUGUCACUUCCUCUGCCUGACCCUCUGUAUACACUCCAUGAUGUAAGAGAAGAGGAUACCCUUUGACACUUGCACUAUCCCAGUGCAAGACAUCUAGGACAUACUCAGUUUAGAGUAGAGCUAGUAUUAAACAUUCAUAGGUCUGGAAGAAUUUUCAAGAAGGAGCAAAAUUACAAUGGAUUCUUAUGGUUCAUUGUUGCUUUGUCAUAUAAAGUUCCCACAAACAAUUCAUUAGAGAAUACUGAACCAUUUCUUCCCGCAGGAAAUACAGUCCUUUCCCACUGUCUGUGAAAGAUACUUUCUAAGACCCUAGUGGGUUUUCAGAUAGUGUGAGUGAUAGCUGUGUAGACAUCAUUUGUUAGACCUGGAAGGCUGAUCUAAUGAUGGAAACUCCUUUAUUAUGAUAUAGUUAGGAUUUUUCUUUUUAGCCUGCUUUAAUUUGUUUACCAUGUGGGAUUAAUUAACACAAAAGCAUAACAGUCCUAUGUGCAGCUUAAGAAGCUGGACUUGUCUUUACAAGACUUCCUCCUAGACUUACUGAUCAAGUAAGUUACACUCCAGGAAAAAGACAGAGGCAGCAAGUAUUACCCCACUGAGGGCUGCAUAACUAUGAAUCCAAAGGAGCAUGCAGGACUUGGACUCUUGGGCUUCCUUGAGUAUUAGCCACACCAGAAACUCUACUUUGAAAUGCUCGUCACUCUGUCACAUAAGAUAGACCCUUUUUAACAGGGUAGCAUUUUUAUAUUCAAAUUGGCAAGGAUGUGUGUGUGUGUGUGUGUGUGUGUGUGUGUGUGUGUGUGUGAGAGAGAGAGAGAGAGAGAGAGAGAGAGAGAGAGAGAGGGAGGUUGCAUUUUUGCUAAAGGAUCUUCAGGUUUAAGCACAUUGCUGCAUGCUAAAUCAUUUGUACAAAGGAGUAGCUGAAGAGAAAGUAAGUCUUCUCCCAAGAAGCUCAUCUGGUUCAUAAAUAAGUGUGGUUUAGACUAUCACGUUAUAGAAGUAUAAAGGAGUUGGGAUCUCUAGGCAUUAAGAACAUCUUAUGGGAAAGUGAGCCUUGGAAUUGACGUAGAAUGGCAGGUGUGAGCAGGAUGAGAUCACUUCAGGCAGAUCUCUUAACUUCUGCACCUCUGUCUUUGCUACAAGUGAAACAAGGAGUACAGCAAUUAGCAACUCCAGAUCUGAAGCUGUUUAUCUGUUUAGCCUGAGAAUGAUGUCAUUAGGAAUGACUGUGUCAGGAAGACACCUCGGGGUGAUUAAGGAGAUAAAUUAAGAGACAAGUCUCCUAAGCCUGAGAGGAGGACAUUCUUUGCCUGCCUAGAGGUUAUUCAUAUCCAGGAGGAGAACAAAGUUGAGAAGAGAAAAUAACCAGGAUUUAAUUGAGAAGUUGACAGAGAGUGAGUAGUUUCUAGAAUGCAUGAAUUGCAGCAGGAAAGAGUUCCUUAACCAGGCAAGAACUACCACACAGCUCAGAUGUGAACACAGACCUGUGUUGUGUUUUCCAAGAUGAACAUUUUUGCAUGCAUCGUUUUACUUUAUAAACAUGAACAUUUACCUGAAACGUGGACUAUCUUUUGAUUUAAUGUUAUGACCUACCAUUUUCUUCCCUUCUGCUUCUGGUAACAUCAUCUCAUCAGAUAACCUUCAUCCCACUCUGGAACUGAGAGAUCGGCCAAUUACAGCCCCACAUACCUCUGGCCACACUAUUUGGGUGAAAGGUGAGCGUGUGACCCAAAACUGCAGUGUAAGACUGUGUCAGGAGUUUGAAUAGCCCUCCCAGAGGCACAGAUGGAAGCAUUCCAGACACCUGAGAGGCCAAACCCUGAGUUCUGGCCUGGUCUUUGGCCUUCCAGAAGCUUUAAAAGUUGGGUUCUUUUUUUUUUUUUGGAUCCUUGUCUUAGGGUUACUGUCCGUGUGAUGAAACAGCAUGACCAAAGCAAUUUGAGGAGGAAAGGGUUUGUUUGGUUAAUGUAAUACAAGCCAAGGACCACUGAAGGAAGCCAAAGUAAGAACUCAAACCAGGAAGGAACUUGGAGGCAGAAGCUGAUGCAGAGGCCAAGGGGUGCUGCUGACUACUGCCUUGCUCCAUGACUUGCUCAGCCUGCUUUCCUUCAGAAUCAGGAAGCACUAGUCCGGGGAUGGCACCACCCACAAUGCUCUGGGCCCCUCCCACAUCACGCACAUCAAUCAUUAAUUAAGAAAAUGCUCCACAGGCUUGCCCACAGCCUGAUCUUAUGAAGGCGUUUUCUCAGAAGAGGUCCCCUCUCACAGACUUCUCUGUGGCCUGUAUCAGGUUGACAUAAAAUUAGCCAGUGUGAGUCGGCAAGCUUUUUAUAAAAUUUAUUUUUCUUUAGUUUUUUCCUGUGAAUAAAGAUUUUAAAAAUGCACGUCGGUUUUUUUUUUUUUUUUUUUAUUGUGCUGUGAGCCUGUUUUUUGAAACACCAUCUCAUUCCAAAGCCCAGGUCAGCCUGGAACUCAGCAUCUUCCGUUCCGAGUGCCAGGGUCACAGUGGCAACCCCCGCACCUACUUCUCACUCCCUUGUUCUGUCUACUCUCAUUUCCUGUUGGUAUAUUGGGGUGCUUUUAGGAGCAAAUAAGUCUUACACUAAAGAUUUUUGAUAUUUCAUUCUUGGUAUGGAUUUGGAAAGAUGCUUUUAUUAUAAAACAGUACUGAUUUUUUUAUUCAUUUUAUUCAUUUACAUUUCAGACCAAUACUGGUUUUGUUUUGUUUUGUUUUUUAUGGCUUGACAGGAAGAUGUGUCUUGAUUAUUUUGACCUACUUCCCUAUCCGCCAACCAUGUUUAACUUAACAGUGAGAACUGCCAACUAUUUCUCUGAAGAAGUGGGAGCAGAGCAUGCGUGGAGCCUGAGCUCUGCACUGUCCCAGCGUGGGAGCAGAGCAUGUGUGGAGCCUGAGCUCUGCACUGUCCCAGCGUGGGAGCAGAGCAUGCGUGGAGCCUGAGCUCUGCACUGUUCCAGCGGGCCGUCUCCUUUGGUUUCCUUCCGUCUGAAUUGUAAUGAAUUCGCGCUCAUUCUGCUGUUUGCUUCCUUUGCUGUGAGGUGCAGUCUUCGUAGGCCCAGCUGCCUCCAGUUUGGGGUUCUCCCACCUGCACAUCCCGGGUGCUGAGGUGACGGGCGGGCGGGCGCGACUACACCCGGCCUCUGCAUGUUGCCAGCCAUGUCAGUAUUGUUAGAUUGUGAGCUCCGUCUAAUACAAAAUCAUUUCUAUUUGAUGAUUUACCUUACUGGAAGGUUCUGACUACAGCUCAUACUUCUCCUCACAGUUGAUGGUAAAUAUAGAUUGACUUUAUUAUACUUUUGGUUGGAUUCUGUUCAGGGCCAGAUCCAAACAUAAGCUAAUGCUGAAGUUCUCGUGCUCUGCCCCCUCUUCCUGGUCUUCACUGGGCAAAGGAACGCAGGAGAAUGUAUAUCUCUGGAGAACGCUCUAGAAUCACCAUAUAAAAAGUGGCAUCAGCUCUUGGCAUACAGUUGAUCCUGUGACUUUCUUUAACGGAUACUGUGCAGUAAUUUGUAUUUAGUUCUUAUAGUCAGUACUCUCAGUGUUGAGGUUCAAGGUUUCAGAUAACACUCAGAAAAAUAGUUUCAGGUGUGGAAGAUCUCAGGCCUUCCUAACAGAAAAGCUCAGACAUGGCUAUUAGUACCCAGUUCAUGUUUUUUUAAGCUAUAUAUAUAAGUUAACUUUUAUUUGGCUGGUUAGUUCAUUUUUUUUUUGAUACCUUGAGAAAUAACAAAUUUUGGCUAAAGUUUUAUCUUGUAACUUUCGGGCACAGUUGGGGGAUUUUGAUAGAAUGAUCUCCGUGAUACUGCGGUCGGAAUCACAAGUGCUCAUAUAUUACAAAGAAAGGAACACAUUAGGGGAAAGGUGACAGAAAGUCAUGGCUAAGAGACUUGCUCUAAGCACAGCCUCUGGCACAUUUGUAGCCCUUUCCUGCCUCAGAGUGUGUACAAGGCCUGAUGGUCAAAUGACAGAUUCACCCUUUGCAUUGACAAAUCCUGGGACACCAAAAGCUGCACUGGCUCCUUUUCCUUGUGUUACUUUGUUUUGUUUCUGUCAUAUAAGUCUUUUGCAAUGACCCAAACAGAGCUCAUAAGGGUCAGCUGUUCUUAUUUGUCCUGCAGUGGGCAGUGGACUAGGCAGGCCUAGAUCUAAAAAUGCCACACUGGGGCCCUUUUCACCUACAUAUGUUUUAAUGUGCUUAACAUUACCCAAUACUGGCAACCAAGAGGGUAUAGAUAUCGCAGCAGGAUCUGAUUAGUUUUUUCAGAUCACUGCCUUUAUUUGCUGUUUGAAAAAAAAAAACAAAAAACUUGAUCCAGUUCUGUAGUUCAGGCUUCCUACUGUGCUCUGGGGUAGUUUUCCGCCUUUGUGAUUCCUCCCCUCUAGCAUUAAAGCUAUAAACUAGUAACUGUGGUAGCAAGUGAUAAAGAAAAGGAGAAAACUAAAGGGUAUGUCCACUCCUACUAGGUGGUUUCCUUUCACAGACAAAGGGAAAGUCCUUAGUGCUAUUCUCACUGUGUCUUCUACUUGGGUUUAUGGUUCGAGUUGUAAUUGCUUUGCAGGGGUUUAUGCUGUCUUCAUCAUAUUUAUCUGAUUUAGACCUUAUAGCUUUCAGAGUUGAUAACCUCACACACACCUGUUAAAAGAGCUCUGGAAAUGAAAGGAGCUCUAAUUUUCCUCAUUUCUGUGAUACACAUAUGUUUACCUAAGUGAGACUUUGCAUCCUAUGUACUUGACCUAGUAAUCUGCAAUAAACUGUAGUGAUAAAGACAUUUUAUCUUGAUUUUCAGUGAGCUAAUAAAUUCAGACCAGAGAUUUAACUGCUUCUGCUACGUCACUACAGUGCUUGGCAGAAAAAAUAGUAGCUCUCACUUGCUUCAGAAAUGAACACAACAUCCAAAAUCGAGCAGUUGUGAUCUAUUAAAAAAUAUUGUCACUGGGCUAACAAGAUGGCUCAGUGGGUAAAGGAGCUUGCCAAGGCCAGCAGCCUGAGUUUGAUCACUUGUCCUCCAUGAUGGAAGGAGAGAGCCAACUUGAGAAAGUUAUCCCCUGACCCCUCCACACUUGCACACACACACACACACAGACACACACACACACACACAGAGACACACACACACACACACACACACACACACUUCAGUAAAUAAUAAGUUCUAUAGAGGGAAAACACCCAUAGACAUGAUGACCUACAGUAUCCCACUAUAUCGUCCGAUUCUGGAAAUAGAUAACAGGUUUUUAGUCAGCAUGGCGAAUGUUUUUAGUGAGCUAGCUGAAAAUUUUAAGUAUACGACUUUUCAUUUUGUAAACAGAGAAAAAUCUGAUUUGUGUUUGGGUGAACAUGAAAAGGACAAGGGCAGAAGAAGUCCCAAAGAAAAUUUUCUUAUCCUAGGAUAUCACAUUGUGUGUGAAAAGAGAAGUGACUUAAAUUGUUUCAGGUAUUUUAAUUUUAUAGUCUUUAAGGUCUGGGCUCUGCAUAAAUUAAUAGUUCUUAGCCUAUAGUGGAAGUUUAUUUGCAUUUCGGUGGAAAGGGAGUGUAUUGCAACAAUGUGCACACUGUAUGUGUUCAUGUGCAUGUGUGCGGUGCAUACAUGUGUAUGUGCUGCUUCUGUACCACACACAUGGGUAGUCUGCACCGUGUAAGCAAGCAGAGCAGGGUAGGUUUGCUUUAGUAAGGAAAUACUACAGUAUUUAUGGUGUUGACAUUUGGCUCAGAUGUUUGCAUGAUCCCAGCUUACUCAAGAAAUGAGCUACACAGCACUCAGAAGCAAGUAGUCUGUAGAAUUAUAAAAGCUGCCGUGUGGAGCAUAGUAGUAACUUACUUAGUAAACUCUAGAUGCCCUUCGAAAUUAUCCCACGAUUUCUUUUAGUACCCAGUACUAACAUCUUCUAAACUUAAACUUGAGUAUAAAAACUUUCAAAUUUAAUGAAAUACAUUUUUAGCAAGUAUGUUAUGAAAGGUGUUGUUUUUACUUAGAUGGUUAACCAGUAUCUAUAAUAAGAGUUUUACAUUGCUGUAUUCUAUAGCUCAGCUGGUCUAGUCUAAUGAUUUUAGGUUGAAGUUAGUUUUGUUUAAACGUACAUUUUUAUGUUACUUGUUUUCACAAACAUAGACCAAAUUAGUGUUUUAUUUUACUAUAUUUUUUUUAAAGAUUUAUUUAUUUUACGUGAGUACACGUUAACUGUCAGACACACAAGAGAAGGGCAUCAGAUCCCAUUACAGAUGGUUGUGAGCCACCAUGUGGUUGCUGGGAUUUGAACUCAGGACCUCAGGAAGAACAGUCGGUGCUCUUAACCACUGAGCCAUCUCUCCAGCCCUAUUUUACUAUAUUUUUAAGAAUUAAUUCUAUUUGUAAACUCAUAUGCAUUUUAUUUUGCCAUUUAUACCAGCUCUCUUUAAGUUUUAUUAUCUUAUAACACAGUAACAGAUACUUUUUGUCGUUGUUUUGUUUUUUUUCAAGGCAGGAUGUCUCUUUGUAGCCCUGGCUGUCUUGGAACUCACUCUGUAGACCAGGCUGGCCUUGAACUCAGAGAUCCACCUGCCUCUGCCUCCUGAGUGCUGGGAUUAAAGGUGAGAGCCACCACUCACCACUGCCCAACUAACAAAUAACUUGAAAAUACAGAUUUUCCACUGUAGACAGAGAAAUCAUUUAACCAUAACGUCUGCCUCAUUUCACCAGUACCUGAUCUGUUAAAGGAGAUGGCUGCGAUAGUUAACUGCUACUUUGACAUACCUCAUUUUCUCUCAAAAAAAAAAUGAAACACUAUAGACUAAUAUAUAGCCUUGACUUUUUUGGAAACAUGCAACUUUUACCACUUUAAAAUAUAAUUGCUUUCUUUGUUUUCGUGCAUUAAAAACAGAGGAAAGGCUGAAGUCCGCCCAAGCCAGGUGUUUCUUGUUGGCAGCCUGCUCCCUAAUGACUGCUCUCACAGAGCAGCUGCCUACUAGUCAGCUUUGUAUGCCCUAUUGUUGCUGCACACCCCUCAUUUAAUACACAUGCUGCCCCGGGCAGACCCAAGAAUGACAUCAACUUGCUUAUCUUAGAAACCUACGAACCUGACGCAGGGCGCUGAGGUUGUCUUGCAUCUGCCUGACUAACUAAUUGUGAGCAUUCUGGCCUGUGAUUGGCUGCUGCUCCACUCGGUAAUAGGUUAAGCAAAGACAUUACCAUUCCAUCUGUUCAACCACUCAUUGUUCUUCUUGCCUGCCUGGAAGUCUGCAGCUAAAAUUGUUGUUACUGCUGGAGCUGCCACAGAAACCAAUGUCUUUGUAUUUUCCUGCUAACGAAUACGGGGUGCUUUGCAUUCAAGAAUACAGGAAAAGCAGCAAAGUGGAGUCAAGUGCACGGAACAGCUUCAUGGGCUUGAAGGAUCACCUGGGGCAUGACCUUGGCCACCUUUAUAUGGAGAGCGCUGACCCACAGAUAAGUGCAGCUGUGCCUUGGCCCAUGGCAGAGAAACCAACAAUGGAUACAGUCAGUGCAGGGAAGGAAGAAAAGGGGGUGUCUGAAGAGAACGUGAGCUCUGGUGACUCUGAGGAAAGCACGAAUUCUGAUCAUGAGUCAGAACAACUGAGUAGCCUUUCGGUAGAGCCAUGCUUAUUAACCAAGACUCACAGACAAUUGUGUCGGUCUCCCUGCUUAGAACCUCACCUACUGAAACACAGUGAUGUUUUGCAAGACUUUAAACCAGAAGAGUCCCAGACUCCAUCCAAGGAAGUGAAGAAACCCCCUGAUGUGGUUCGAGAAUACCAAACAAAACUGGAGUUUGCACUUAAGUUAGGUUAUUCUGAAGAACAGGUCCAGCUUGUGCUAAACAAACUUGGUACUGAUGCUUUAAUCAAUGAUAUAUUGGGAGAACUUGUCAAACUUGGAAAUAAAAGUGAAGCUGAUCAAACAGUUAGUACUGUUAACAGUGCGAUGCGAGAAACAUCGUCCCUGGAGUCUCAGAGGUCUGAAUCGCCAAUGCCAGAGAUCGUGACAGAUGAUGGUGAAAAUCUGAGGCCAGUAGUUAUUGAUGGCAGCAAUGUGGCAAUGAGCCAUGGAAACAAAGAAGUGUUCUCAUGCCGAGGAAUAAAAUUGGCAGUGGAUUGGUUUUUGGAAAGAGGCCACAAAGAUAUCACGGUCUUUGUUCCAGCUUGGAGAAAAGAACAGUCGCGACCUGACGCCCUUAUCACAGAUCAGGAAAUUUUACGUAAACUAGAGAAGGAAAAAAUCCUGGUGUUCACACCAUCACGGCGUGUCCAGGGCAGGCGCGUGGUGUGCUAUGACGACAGGUUCAUCGUGAAGCUGGCUUUUGAAUCCGAUGGUAUAAUUGUGUCCAAUGAUAACUACAGAGAUCUGGCAAAUGAAAAGCCAGAAUGGAAGAAGUUCAUAGAUGAACGGCUAUUGAUGUACUCCUUCGUCAAUGACAAGUUCAUGCCCCCAGAUGACCCACUUGGCAGACAUGGCCCAAGUCUGGAUAAUUUUCUGAGGAAGAAGCCCAUUGUUCCUGAACACAAAAAGCAGCCCUGUCCCUAUGGAAAGAAGUGUACGUAUGGACACAAGUGCAAAUAUUACCACCCAGAAAGGGGCAGCCAGCCUCAGCGCUCAGUGGCUGAUGAACUUCGUGCCAUGUCUAGAAACACAGCAGCCAAAACUACAAAUGAAGGGGGACUGGUGAAGAGCAACAGUGUUCCUUGCAGCACCAAGGCUGAUAGCACUUCGGAUGUUAAACGAGGUGCUCCAAAGAGGCAGUCAGACCCAAGCAUAAGGACUCACGUCUACCAAGACAUAGAGGAAAAGCUUCCCACCAAAAACAAGUUGGAAACCAGGUCUGUACCUUCCUUAGUUAGUAUCCCGGCCACUUCUACUGCAAAACCCCAAAGCACUACAUCUUUAAGCAAUGGCCUUCCAUCUGGAGUUCAUUUCCCACCUCAGGAUCAAAGACCACAGGGACAAUACCCUCCAAUGAUGAUGGCAACCAAAAAUCAUGGCGCGCCAAUGCCUUACGAACAGUAUCCAAAAUGUGAGUCCCCUGUUGAUGUUGGCUAUUAUUCCAUGUUGAACGCAUAUUCUAAUCUGAGUAUCUCAGGCCCCCGAAGUCCUGAAAGGCGUUUCUCCCUAGACACUGAUUAUAGAGUCAAUUCUGUAGCUUCAGACUGCAGCAGUGAGGGGAGCAUGAGCUGUGGGAGCAGCGACUCCUACGUGGGGUACAGUGACCGCUCCUACGUCAGCUCUCCUGACCCACAGCUGGAAGAGAAUCUCAAGGGUCAACACAUGCACCCUCACAGCCGCCUUAACUCCCAGCCCUUCCUGCAGAGUUUCCACGAUCCCUUAACCAGAGUUCAGAGUUACAGUCACGAAGAACCAAAGUUCCAUCACAAGCGUCCUCUUCCACACUUGGCUAUGCAUCUGCAGCACCCUGCCGUGGGUGCCCGCUCCAGCUGUCCUGGCGACUACCCCUCUCCACCAAGUUCAGCACACUCUAAGGCAUCACACCUAGGGAGGUCCUUAGUGGCCACGAGAAUAGACAGCAUUUCUGACUCUCGACUCUAUGAUAGUUCUCCUUCAAGACAAAGAAAGCCUUAUUCUCGCCAGGAAGGCCUAGGAAGCUGGGAUAGGCCAAGCUAUGGGAUGGACGCGUAUGGCUACCGGCAGACUUACUCCUUACCCGACAAUUCCACACCCCCCUGCUAUGAGUCGAUCACCUUCCAGAGCCUGCCCGAGCAGCAGGAGCCGACCUGGAGGAUCCCUUACUGCGGAAUGCCACACGACCCUCCGAGGUACCAGGACAGCCGAGAGAAGAUUUAUAUCAACUUGUGCAACAUCUUCCCCCCUGACCUUGUGAGGCUCGUCAUGAAGAGGAAUCCUCACAUGACAGAUGCCCAGCAGCUCGCGGCAGCCAUCUUAGUGGAGAAGUCGCAGCUGGGUUACUGAAGAGAUGAUGCAUCUUUGUGGUGUGGAGUAUGCGUGUUGAGCUCAGUUGCUGAGGGAGGUUUGCUACAAUAGCACGUGUGAUCUCCCUCUCGGCAGGGAGGUUAUGUAGUAUCCAUUAUGUGAGCUACUGUAUCAUGGAAUCCUAUGGAGCCCCACUUGGUGGACUUACCACGGGAUGCUUUACAUUCAAACUUUUGUUUUUAACAUUUCCUUUUUAAAGCUAUACACUUGGCUGGAAAUUUCUCCAGUUUGAUUUAAUAGAUGUCUCUGUGAUCUUUGAUAUUCCUCUUUGGUGCAUCAGGGGUUUAUAUGCAGCACUUUUUAUCCUUGUUUCCUGUCUUAUUAACUUGGUGUCUGUCUGUGAACUGCAAGCAGUGGCGGUGCCUCCAGAGCAUGGAGGCACUGACCCAGCAAACGAUCUCCUCAAGCCGAGCUUAACCAGAAUCCUUUACAGCUUCCUAAGUUAUUUUUAUUUGGGGAAAGUGGGCUUCUUUGUGCUAUAACCAUUAUUUAUAGAAACAAAGAUAUACUACAGCACUGACUUUAUAUUUUUUAAAAAUGUAAGUUUCCAGUUAUGUUAAAAUGGAGAUAGUACAUAUUAGAAUGACUCCCAGUGUCGCACUUUUUAUUAUUUUAUUUUUGUUUCGAUGUUUCCUGUUCAGAAAAUUAGUUAUUUUAAAUGGUCAGUUUAAAAGAAAGCAGAUGCAAUCAAUGGAAAACAUGUUUCCAUUUUCUUUUUUAUGAACAAGGCAAAAGCUUGACUAUUACAGGUUAAAGCUUUGCUUCUCAGCUAAAAUGUGCUUUUUGACAGUAGAAAUGGGAUUGAAAUCCUGGAUUUCCAUUAACAUGUAUUUUUAAUCUCUGUCUUUUUGUGGGAGGCACAGUACUAGAUGAAUAACCCUUUCUCAGUACCUGCCCGUUUUUAAUGAAUCCAAGUAUUCUCAAUGCAACUUUUAUAUUUAAUACACCCUAGCUUUCCUGCUCUUUCUCGAGGCUGAGGUGGUCUGAUGUGCUGAGGGUAUGCAACAUUUCCUGCUACUGCACUAGAGAAAUGGCAACAGAGGACCUGUAAAUGGUAACUUGAAGUUUUUGUAAGAUAUUGUAUAUUUUCCACUUUCCUGAAGGUAGCUUUUGGGGGCCUGUUAUAUUAUUAAGGCCACACUCUUGCCACAAAUAGUGUAGUUUUAGAUACAGACUAAAGUCUGUUCUAGUAUUAGUAAGGGAUAUUUCUGGUUGCAAAGUCGUGGGCUUUGCUUGCCAUGGUGACCUUCCUGAGCAUCAGGAGAUGGGUUGACGGUCAGUGCAGACAACAGUGUUGCGAGGCACAGAAGCUGCCUCUGAUUUUACUUGUUGCAAGGACAAGUCCAGCUCUACUCAUGUAGUCAGCUUGGAUGCUCUGGUCUAGAUGCUCUGCAGUCUGCGAGAGGCAAAGCCCUGAAAACCAGAAAGUACCUUUUACUGUUGAUACAAAUUGUAUCUUUUUAACAAUAAGAACUAUUUUGAUUUGUAGAUCUAGUUAAAAACACAAAUGUGUAACUAUAAUUAGACUUUUGGGCAACAUUUUAUCUCUUAUUUAAAUACAAAAUUUUAAAGGAAAAUUGAAGUCUAGAAUAGGGUAGAAAAUAAAACAAUUAAGGUAAAUAAAGGUGUCUGUCUUAGUUUUAUAUAUUAAAAUAUAUUAAUUAAAUAAAUUUAUUGGCAUUUUUUUCCUAAAACUUACCUAGUGUGAACUUAAAAUAAAGGUAAAAUGCUGCCUGAAAAUAAUGUCCAAGCAUCUUCGACUAGGAUAACAUUUUCACUACUUGUGUGACACUGUGUGUUGCAUGGAGUAGGAUUUGGGUACACAGUAAAUGCUUCUAAACGGCAUUGUGCAUAUUAGCAUAUCCAAUAAUCUGAACCAUGUUCAGCAAACUUAAUUCAGGAAAGUGAUGUUCUACAGUUACUGCUGUUGUGUUUGAGUGAGCAUGGCACACAUCUUUACCCAGAGUGCCAUCCCGAGUGGUGUGUCUGAGAGUGACACAGCCGACUUGUGAAACUGUCCUUGAUUCUGUCGGUCAUUAUCUGAAGGACAAGUUGAAAUGUGGAGGGCUAAGUAAAUGCCAAAAACAGGGUUGCAAAUGUGGGGUUCCUCAUAUCCAGUCUACCCAGACACAUUGUGAAGAUCGGGUAAGAAGUCACUUCAAAUGGACAUGUCACUUUUGCGUCAUGUUAGCACUGUGAUUGUUUGGAAAAAUGGGCACACUUGACUAAAUGAUUUAAGUGAGAGCUUAGGUAAAAAGGAUAUGACUUAAAAUUUGGCCUUCUUGUGUUUUUAGCUGAAGUUGCCCUCUUUUUCAUCUUUGAUGUAAUCUUUGCCAGUGUGUGUCAUGGAGUGGGUAGUUCUGACCCAUCCACUCUUAUAUUUCUCAGUGCCAUUGGCUGUGUGCUAAGAAAAGGUUUUCUUAUGACAAGAGGGCAAUUUGUCUGUCCCCUUUGAUGAAGCACCAAUGCUGCUUUCAGACAUUAAUAAGGUGGUUGGCAGAUUUUAGCUACAUCAAUUUCUCAGAAAAAAACAAAACAAAACAAAACAAAAAAAAACCCUCCGGUAAUUAGUAAGAGGGGCCCAUUAUUAAAUUUGUAGCUGAUCAUAAACCUUCAUUUUGGCUAAAAUAUUCCUCCCCAAUCUCUAAUUUCUAUUUACCAGACUAGCUAAAAAUAAAAUGAAUAAAUGGUGUGCUAAUGAGUAGUAAAAAGUCAGAAUUGGUCAGCUGAUUAAAAAGGACUCAGACUGGGAUCUUCUGCCCCUGAACAAUAGCUGUCAACUGUACUUUAUGCAGUAGUAGCAGUUCCUUGUCCCUGUGUCUUAGUCCAGAGGGAAUAGUACUUAACUGGCCAAAAUGGCCCUCAGAAUUUCCUCUUUUCUUGCAUGUAAUACAGACAUUUCAGUCUUGUUAUCCUAAGGGGAGUUUGUCACUGACCCAAACAGUGAAAGUAAUGGUCACCAGUGUGAAAUAUUUGACACUGGUGGCAACUUGAAUUUUUGUUUUUAUGAAAAUACAUUUACGAAAAUAUGUAAUUACCUAAAGAUGGUGUUUUAUAAUACACAUUUGUUAUGAAGUAUUAAAAACUAGGGGGUUGUCUUUUAAUGGAUAACAUUUUCCUGAUUGAACUGUGUCUUUCAGUUGUGAAUGACCAAGUCUAGGGUCUAUUUGACCAAUGAUAAGAUUCAGAACCACUUACAUGGAAAGAAACACUUGGUUUUAUUCUUGGUAUUUUUAAAGAUUAUUUUGAUAAUUUUAAUAGAAUGUGUAAUUUUUAAAUACACAAAAGUAGUGUUGAUUAUAUAAAUGAUUAUUUAACAUGUCUUUUACGGAUGUAUCUAUAUGUGUAUAGACAGUAAUAUAUUUAUAAAACAAAUAUACUUUAUGUUGUACUUUUUAGUUUGUAAUGGAUGUCAGUAUGACUGCGUAUGUGAGUGAGCACGCACAUGUGUGUACAUGUGCGUACAUGUAUUGAUCUCUCUGUCUGACAUUCUGUGUUUGAAUGCUAAGACCUUUCCCCUGACUGACUGGGGUUCACUCUUAAGUGUAUUUGGGUUUCGCGCCUUUACCUCCCUUAUUCCUCAGCCAAAAUAAAACAAGAGGCACAGUUUUCUGUCUGUCUGUCUGCUACCAGAUGGCGCUUCCACUUUAUUAAUCGCUAAUUCUUAGAGGAUGCCUGACAUCAAGCAGAUCAUGGCUGGAGAUAAUGAUUAUGUUCCAAAUAUAUUAAAGGCGGACCCCCAGCUGUGAUAUGAAAGCUUCAGGAUACACACCAGUGAACAGAGUGAGCCUAGAAGAUGGAGUCAUCCACAUACCAGCACUGGAGGAGGCCGGAGCUGUGAAAGGGAAGAAGCAAACCUGAGGACAUGUGCCAACAGCUCUCUCUGUAGGGUCUGGUAGUAAAUAGGCUUCUCGGAGAGUCAGGUAGUCUCUUUACUGUACACCUUCGCCUUUACAGCGUAAAAGCCACAGGUAGCAUAGAGAUGAGAAUGUGACCUUUUACAUAAAAUUUUAUUUACCGAAAUGAACAACAGGCCAGUUUUUACCUGUGGGCCAUUCCCCUGCCCUGUCCUUGAGGGAAGAAAGCCAGACACAGUAAGCAGUCAGUUCUUGUGCAUGUUAAUAUAAUUAACAAUAGCUGUAUCUCAUGAGCCAUCUAGAGGGGGUGUGAGCGUCACUCGUGUCCUUCAGAUGACCAGAAAGCAUGGGAGGCAUUUGUUAAGUUCACCAUACCCAUCAUUUGAGAUGUCUAGCCAUCAAGAAAUCUGUUUAAAAAAAAAAGUAUCAGUAUUGGGAAUUUUGCUUAAGUUCUUAUUUUUAAAUAAGAACCCAUUUUCUUUUGUUUCUUAGUGGCCUCGUAGGCCAAAAACCAGCCUCUUAAAAUUCGGUCUAUAAUUAGCCACAUUUUUCCGAGAUUGCAUUUGUCAGUUACAUUUUUCUGUUCCUUUUUGUCUUCUGAUACUUAACAGACUUGCCCUUCUUUACAAGUGAUUUUAAAAAUUCACAUACAGUAGCUUCACAGUUUCAGAUUUUCCUGUCAUGUUUAAAACGGACUGGUCCAAUGAGUAUAUUUGUUACAUUGUCACUCUAGUAAGAAACCUGUCUUCUUUCUCUGUCUAAAUGUUCCCUGUGGAGUCUUUGGAUACCUUAGGGACUGCCAGGGGGUGAUGUUCCCAUGAUCACCUGUAAGUGUGAAUUGACUGAUGGUGCACACCACUGUGCACACUUAUUCACACUGCUUCGUCACGGUGUGUCAGCAAUAACACUCUCUUCCCGGGUUGUUAAACGGCCAUGAAAACCACCACCUACUUAAGUAGUCUCACUUUCUUUUAAAAUUGGAGUGGAGUCCUGGCUUUAACUGUGUUGAUGUUGUGUCUGUUACACCCUCUCACUUCCUGCCUGUCACCCAUGUUAUAACAACGCCGCCAUAUUUAUACAUGGCUCUCCCCUGGGAUCCUCAGUCCUUCAGACUUAAACGUAAUUUCAGGUUUUGACCAUUUGGCAGUAGAAAACGUCUAUGCAUGUUUCCAAUCCUUUUAAACCUGUAAAGUUUCAUUUCUUAAACCAUGUACUGAACUUUCUGUCCAGGUAUUUCAGGUGAACAACGAGAUGUUUCCCAGAAAAGCAUUUACCACUUCUCUCUAAAGUAGCUCAUGUCUUUAAGAAAAGGAAGUACAGUGAUGGAUUUGUAAGGCAUAAACGUGUGUGUGUGUGUGUGUGUGUGUGUGUGUGUGUGUGUGUGUGUGUGUCUCCUCUGGGGGUUUUAAUUAUAAACUUUCAGCCUUGUAUGAACACCCACAAACGGUCAGUACCGCAGACAGGGUAUACCCUCACUGUCAGGUCUCCUACUCCUCCCAACUGUAGCUGUUCGCCGGGAGAGAAUUUCCUUCCUCAUCCUUCAAGCUUUUCUUACAGGAAAAAUAAGGGGAUGAGUAUGUUUAAAGCAACCACUUAAUAAACAUAUUAUUCUGUUUACCUCCUCUAUCUGUUCUGUAUGUUUCUGUAAUAGGAUUUUUACAAUUCCAAAAGCAGUGGAAACAGCUACAUGAGUCAGCCAUAGAGGGGGAAAUACUAAAAUAUUCAUUUUUCUUGUGGUAUGUUGUUAUAUGAAAAAGUAGAUCUCAUAUGACAGCAUAGAUGCUAAGUAAACAAUGCAUUUCCUUCUCUGUUCCCCUGGAUUCUGCUUCCCAGAUUCUGUGGUUAAUGAUAUUGGGCUACUCUGAAAGUUGUGCAAAUGUUCAGCAUUGAUGUAAAUGUUAGAGCCACAAUUAAUUCCUAUUAAACUGAAAUUAAAUGUUAAAAACAA